UACACUCAAAGAUGUUGCCGUAUAAAACUUUUGGCCAGAUUGUAUUAGAAAGAGACACAGAUACCACUUAGGAGCCUCUUUGUCGGAUUACGAUACUAGCGCCCGCCGCCCGUGCGCGUUCCAGUAUUAUUAUUAUUUCAGUGGUCCAACCGAACGUAGCCUUAUAUUUCAAAUUUCAAUCAAAAGUCAUUCUUUAGACAACUUUGGAUGCCUUGCGCUGUUUGUUCGGAGUCCUCGGAGACUAUAAAGAUUGAUCACAAUGGUUUUUUAGUUCGUACAGCCGAACAUUCCAAUGUUUUUCAAUUUGUGCAUGAUGUGGCUAAAGAGUUCGCAAUGACAUAACGUUCGGCAAAAUAUCACGAGAGCUUCAUAGUGAGUUCUGCAACGAUCAUCUACUAGGAGUACCAGGAUCCUCUCUGACUAGGCUAGUUGUCAGUCACAAGCAGGAUUCUCACCGAAUUUCCAUCAACGGCAUUUCCAUCAGCAACAAAAUGAAUAUAGUGUGCGUGAUAUGCAGCGAUUUGCUGGAACCAUCCAGCGAUGUGUUCCACACACCUUGUGGACACAUUUUUCACUAUGUGUGCUUAAUCCAGUGGCUCGAAAGAUCAAAGACUUGCCCACAAUGUCGAGAAAGGACAACCGAACAGAAGAUACACAGGACAUAUUUCAACUUCUCAAACAAUGAUUCCAUUGCAGAAGAUGCCACGUCUUUACAGCAUAAACUUGAUAACAUGGCUUUCCAGAUAAAGUUGAAAGACGAAAAUCUCAAUAAUCUUACAGAGGCCAAUAAAAAAUUGAAGAAGCAAACAGCUGGUUUAAGACAAGAAGUUUUAAAAGUUGAAAGCGAAAUAAAUGGGAAGAGCAGUGCGAUUUAUGCGCUUCAACAGCAGAUCAAAUUUUUCAAACAACAAUGUUCAGAAGUAGACAAUUUUAAGAAAGAAAUUGAAGAGUUGAAGAAAAGAGUAGAACAUUUGAAGAACGUACAGGCUAUCAUAGAUUCUUCUGUACCUAAAGUAGAUGACAUAAUAGCAACGACAGAUGAUACGUCGAAACUUAAAACCUACAUAACAGUGUUGAAAAGAGAACUGUUAGUCAGCUCCGAGAAGAGCAAACAGAUUAGGGAGAGAUACAAGAACUUACAGCAACAAUAUACGAGUGUUUGUAAUAAAAACGAAUUCUUAUCACAGGAAAGCGUUAAACGAAAAGAACUGGAAGAACGAUUACUGAUCUGCGAAAGUGAGAAGAUAUCUUUGCAGACUACGCUUUUUAAUAUGCAUACAGAUGCACACCAAUGCAACUGUAAUAAAGUAAACACCGAAAAAUGUGAAAGCUUAAAUGGGCAGAUCGUAGAAGAACUUCCUGAGUUAACAAAAAGACGACGAAGUGUGGAAAAACUUGACAACUCUUUUAAACUCAAAAACAGUGACAGUUGCAUCAUUAUAGAUUCAGAUACUAGCUUAGAGAAUACCCCGCAAAGCAUAAAAUCACAGGGCUUCUUUUCAAUGAGGGAUCAUGGUAUGAAAAGACAGAAAUCUAGUAACAAUUUGAAAAUACCUUCGACACUUGUGAAAAAAUCAAGAUUAAAUCAACCGAGUCAAAAGUCCGCCAAUGGACCAGUGAGUUUUGAUGGCUUCGGAGGACAUGCCAAGUAUGAUAAAUUUCCUGAUCCGACUUCUAGUUCUAUCCGACUUCAAAUUGUAAAGAAAAGGCAAGAUUCAAAGACGAGAAAACCGAAUCUCGACACAGGCGAUAAUCAAAAAAUCAGUGAUGUACUGAUUUUAUUAUGAUGAUUUAAUAUUAUAGCCUAAAUAUGAUACGGUGUCUAAAUUGUACAUACAAUGAAAAUUAUAAAGCAUGAAAUCUAAAACUA